AUGCCUUGGGCACGCUUCAUCUACAACGUGCUGACCCAGCCACGACACACAAAAUGGAUUGCUCCUCUCCUGAUCCUGGGCGAUGCGCUCCUCUGCGCUCUGGUCAUCUGGAAGAUCUCCUGUAAAUCCGAUCCCGAGCCUAUACUGUGCCACGCGUUCAAUCAAGACAAUGCUAAUCACACUCAUAACCUCACAGACACCGAGAUUGAUUGGUCAACCUAUAUGCAACAAAUCUCCUUAUAUGUCUCCGGCGAACGCGACUACCCCUCAAUCAAAGGAUCGACAGGCCCUCUUGUAUAUCCCGCUGCGCAUGUCUACGUCUACACACUCCUAUACCACCUCACCGAUGAAGGGCGCGACAUUCUUACUGGGCAAAUUAUCUUUGCUGGUAUCUACCUCUCUACCUUGGUUCUUGUUUUUGGCUGCUAUCGGCAGACUGGGGCGCCACCGUAUCUCUUUCCUCUGCUGGUACUUUCCAAGCGGCUACAUAGCAUUUUCAUGCUGCGCAUGUUCAACGACGGAGUAGCAACCUUUGCGCUGUGGCUUGCUAUAUGGCUAUUCAUGAAGAGAAUGUGGACCCUUGGAGUAUUGGCGUGGACCUUGGGCGUUGGUGUCAAAAUGACCCUAGUGCUGGCUGCGCCGGCGAUUUCCGUUAUCACUCUGCUGAGUGUAGGCUUGGGACGCAGCAUUUCUCUUGGAGCCAUAGCCCUGCAGAUCCAGUUCUGUCUUUCGGUCCCAUUCUCCGCAACAAAUAUGUCAGGCUAUUUGUCACGAGCCUUUGAGCUAUCCCGGCAGUUUAUGUUUAAAUGGACGGUGAAUUGGCGAUUCGUAGGGGAGGAAACAUUUCUCUCCAGAGAAUUCUCCGUGGCUCUUUUGGUGCUACAUGUUUCUAUCCUUGCCCUCUUCUCCAUCGGCUGGCUGAAGCCGUCCGGAUCAGAUGUGUUCCGCUUCCUCCAGGACACUAUCCAUGGCCGCCAACAACAGGUUUAUCUUUCGAACUCGUUCAUCAUGACUACGAUGCUGAGCUCCAUGGCCAUUGGCUUGCUGUGCGCCCGAUCACUGCACUACCAAUUUUUCGCUUAUUUGGCAUGGGCCUCUCCGUUCCUCCUAUGGCGCGCUGGUCUUCAUCCAAUCCUUAUCUUCGUUGCGUGGGCGCUGCAGGAGUGGGCCUGGAAUGUAUACCCCAGUACCAAUGCAAGCUCGGCGGUUGUGGUUUUGUCCCUCGCUUUGCAGGUGUUUGGCGUCUGGUUCAAUGGACAGGGUGAGGUAGAUAGGAAGCCAGCGGUUGGCCGCAAGGAAACCCGUACUCAAUGA